CUCUUACGGACACUGAGAGCAGAUAUGCCUCCAUCGAAGCCGAAAUGCUUGCAGUGGUCUUCGCCUGUCGUAAGUUCCAUCAGUACAUAUAUGGAAGAAUUGUGGUUGUCGAGACAGACCAUAAACCACUACAAGCAAUCAGCAGCAAACCGUUGUCGCAGGUUCCGUUGCGACUUCAGAAGAUGAUUCUUAACGUGCGUGGACACGACGUGAAGAUACGUUAUGUUCCUGGCUGUAAACAAGUAUUAGCUGACACUCUGAGUCGAGCAUCGUUGCCAAAUACUGAACAGGAAAAUUACGAAGAAUUCCAGGAAGUUAAUAUGGUUCUUGCGGUUUCUGACGAGCGAUAUGAGGAAUUCCAGAAGGAGACCAAAACCGAUCCAGAGCUACAAGCAGUCCUUACGUUAGUGAAGAGUGGUUGGCCGGACACGAAACAACAAGUUCCCGUUGAAGCCAGACCUUACUGGACUUUCAGAGAUGAAGUUGUAACGGCAGAUGUGUUGCUCUUCAAAGGAACACGCCUAAUCGUGCCAAGAGUUCUUAGAUCAGAUAUGCUUUGUCAAAUCCACAAGAGUCAUUUGGGGAUAGUCAAAUGCAGACAAAGAGCCAGAGAUGUAUUGUUUUGGCCUGGCAUGUCAUGUCAUUACACGUUGAAGAAAUGGUUACCAAUUGUUGCGUGUGUGCAGAUUAUGCGAAUAAGCAGCCUUCAGAACCUUUGAAACCAAUCGUUCCUCCAAAGUUUCCGUGGGAAAAGUUAGGAACCGACCUAUUUGAAUUUCGUGGAGAACAUUUUUUGGUUUCUGUGUGUUACCGUAGUAAGUUUCCAGAGGUUACCAAGAUGGAAUCGACAAGAAGUAGUGCUGUCGUAGACGAGCUCAAAUGCCAAUUCUGUGUCCAUGGAAUUCCGAGGUCAUUUCUGAUAAUGGGCCCCAAUACAGUAGUCGCGAGUUCCAAGAAUUCGCAAAAGAGUAUGGUUUUAAACAUACGACCAGCUCACCUCACUUCCCGAGAGCAAACGGAGAAGCAGAAAGAGCCAUCCAAACUAUUAAGAAUUUGUGGCGAAAGAGUAAUGAUAAGUACUUGGCCCUACUUCACUAUCGAACAACGCCGUUACCUAAUAUCGAACUGUCUCCUGCCCAACUACUUAUGGGACGUCGAUUGCGAAAUGACCUGCCGGUGAUGGAAAGUCUACUUCAACCAGCUAACAACAGCCCACAACGUAUUUCCAAAUAUUUAAUGAAGACAAAAGAAGACCAGAAGAAGUACCACGACAAGCAUGCAAGUAAGGAGUUGAAAGAACUUCAGCCUGGAGCUAAAGUCCGGUUAGAACCGUGGACGUAUUCCAAAGAAUGGAAACCAGCGACGGUAGUGAGGCAUCACCAUACGCCAAGAUCAUAUGUGGUGCAAACCGAGGACGGAAGAAAGUAUCGCCGCAAUCGACAGCAUUUGAGAGUUUGCCCAGCUCUUGGAUCUGACAGCAACGACCAAACCAUUGCUCCAGUAGUUGACAAAGAAAUGUCAUCUCCCGAGAAGGCAGAUCCACUAUCCGUUGGUGCCGACCAAUCCACUGCUUUAUCGAUCGUGAAUCCAGAUCCCUUACCCUUACCCUUACCAGAAAUGUUCCCACCACCUGGACCACCAGCCGAAACCACCAGCCCGUACGUUACCAGAAGUGGUCGAUUAGUGGUGAAACCCAAACGAUUUGGGUGGUAA